UCUCGCGUUGAGGACUGGAUUGCGAAGAUGGCCGGAUUUGCUUUCCUGAGUUGCUGCCUCGCUUUUGCAUUGGUGAUGCUGUGCCGUCACUCGGAUGCCUACAUUGCCAUUUCGCCGGCUAAGGUCAAGGAUGGGAAGUGCCUCUACGAGAACUUCACGAUCGGCGACCACGAGUCGGUGCACGAUGACAGGCACUGCCACACCCUGACCUGCAACCUGAAGAGGAAGAUCGUCACGUUGGAAGGAUGCCCAAGCGUCGUGCCACACUCCCACUGCUGGCUGGACGAAGGACCACACAACGGGUCCUACCCGGACUGCUGCCCGAAGAUCAUGUGCGACCCCGUAGCACCAGCAGCAGUACCAGUGGUACCUGGAGUACCUCUAGCACCAGCAGCACUACCAGUAGUACCUGGAGGUCCUCUAGUACCAGCGGAGCACGGCGUUUAGAAAAUAAAGUAAAAAAAAAAAAUCAGAUGCUAAAA